AGGAACACAGUGCCUUGCAAAUAGUAUUUGUACAUCUAGUACAUCUUCACAUUAACUUUCAAACUAGUUCUUAUGUGUUAGAUCAACAUUGUCUGACACAGACAAUAACAACAACAACAACAGUAAUAAUAAUAACAAUAAUAAUAAAAAAACAUUCCUCUGAGAAUUCGAGUCCUAAUGAUCUUGGCUUAUUUUUCUCAAGUUCCUGCUUCAAACUGCUUGGGCAGCACAGCUGCAUUGUUGUUGCGUCUCAUUGUUGAUACCAUUUGUGUAGGUGGUGUUCUUUUUUUUGUUGUCCUUUCAAUCUUGAAUGACUCAAUGCUUUGUAUUUAACUGUACUGAUAUAUUCGCUGUUUGUCCCAAACCAGGGAGGAAAUGAAAAUGCAUAAUUGCUGCUUGAAUUUAUGUGAAAAUGGGGACAAGCAGGUGACAAGGUCAUUAGCAGCUCAGGAUUUUCUCUCUUCUCAUCCAAAGUCUGUAUGUUCUGCACAUGCUGCUCACCCAGGCCUCCAAUCUGCUGAUCCUGCUGUCACUGCAGUUUGACACAGAUUCCCUCUCAGUAUUUACAAAUACUCUUUCAUUAACAUGCUCAGCGGUGCUUGACAUACAUACCAGGAGGAAUGUGACAUUUUAAGCAAUAUCUAUUAUUUCAUGAAAGCAAUAUUAGGCGUUAAUGCAGUCAGUAUUUUUUGUGCAGUGUUUAGGAUUUGAUCUCUCGGGCAGAGCAUACAAGUACUGCAUUAAUCUUUGACAAUGAAAAUAAUACAGUGAAGCAUUACUUCUUGGGAUAUGAUUUUAAUAUUUCAGCAGCUUUGUUCCCUUCAGAGAUAAAAUCUAAAAACACAAGCGGCUUUUAUUAUUAAACUGUCCACUGCGCAUAUAUAAUGUCCCCAAAUUUCAAUGAUUUUUUUCAUAUAGUAUUUUCUGUUUGAGGUCAGAACCUUCAGAGAUUAAGGUUUCACCAACAUAAAUGAUUAAUUCGUCUUAAAACUGAAUCUUAAGGUAAUUAGACCAAAGAUACUAAUUAUUGCUUAAUCAGAUUAAUGUUGUGUCUUGCAAACAUGUGCUUACACCUUGAAUUUUUUAGCUAAGCACCAAUACAAAGUAAUAAAUUAUAAUGUAACUUACAAACCAAAUAAAAACAUACAAAAAAAAAAAGAACUCGUUUCUGGUCUGGUGGCCUUUGUAUUUAGUCCGUAUCUACUCUGAUGCUUCCAAAAUUAAAUUGAGUUCAGUCAUUUGUCUUCAUAAGUCAAAUAAAUGACAAGUAGUGACCACCUGCCUCUUGAUGGAUAUGCAGCAAAUUUAUUUCUCACUAGAGAGAUUAGAUUCACCAUUGAAGCUAUUGAAACGUGUUUAGGAUUUAAUCUCGGCUGAAGAAGGUACUCUAGUCACAUGAGACCAAAAUUGAAUUUUUGGCCCACAUGUGUGGUCCAAAAGUAAUACAGCAUCCUGAUGACCCCAAAUACCCCCACUCCGCCACCUCAGCAAAACAUUAUAGAGGUAGCAUCAUGCAAUUUCUAAGCAGAAUGAAGGAACCUGCUCAGAAAUGAUGGGGAGAUAAAUGCAGUUUAAUACGGAAAAAAUCAAGGAGAAAACCUGCAAAAUAGCUUAUUUAUUUGUAUUCUACUCAAAUAUGUGAAGUUGUUGUUUUUCCUCAGAAAACACCUCUCUAAAUCUAGUGAAAUUAUCUUUUUUGUGUGUAACCCCCGCUGUGAGAUGCACUGUAAGGAUUAAUCUUCCCUGUGGAGUUUUUUUCUGCUGUGACACUGAGUGACAGACGGAGUAAUAUCUAUCAGCUGCUGUAUUUUCUCUAUUUAUGUUGACAUCUCACAUGUUACGCAUUUAGUUUCGGCGUCAACUCAAAUUACAGUUAAUACAUUGGCUGCGAUUAAUUGAGGGAUUAUUUGGGAAUCUAUGGCAUAAACACACACACACACACACGCACACACACGCACACACACUAGUAUGGCCAGAACUUCUCAGUGUUCCAUGUACGGCUUUGCUGAAUGAUUGUGUGCAACAAAGAUACAAGCUGUUCUCGUCCAAGAUUAGAGAAUGAACUUUUGUCCAUGAGCAGCAGUUUUAGAGUCACUGAGAUGAGAUGUGGGUUAUAUUGUAAAAGCAACUGAUGGGCAUGAAUGCAGUCUGGCCUCUUCGUUUCCUAGGAUGAAUCCUAAAGGAGCUUACACUCUAAUAUCCUGAUGGGAAAAGGGCUUGCUUUAAGCUUGCAGUGAAUCGUCAUGAGAAUGCUGCAAAGGUCUGAGAGAAAUCGGAACGCGAUACAUCUUCAAAAGAAACAGCUGAUUUUGGUUGUUGUAGAGUAAUCUUUCUACUUGAUUUUACUUAAUGAGCCUGAUUCAGAAGAGGGGAGAAGAGGAGUGUUUUUUUUUCUCUUUUUUCUUGUUUUGUUUCAUUGAAGCUGUAAGCUUGUUGCGGUAGUUUCUAGACAUGAUUCCAACGAAGAUGCUAGUGUACAAGGGCCCCGAUGGGGACAUGCACUCCAAAGCGGUCGAAAACACCACCAGACGCAAGAAAUCGACUGGAGAGCUCUUCCAGAAGGGCUACCGGGUCAGGAUGGGCCACGGGUUGGUCCCCGACAAAGAGGACCAGGACAGCUUCUGCUUCAGUCUCGGUGGAUGCUUCCACUUGAUUUCUUACUGGGGUAAGACCACAGAGAGGAAGUGGAGGAUUGGCACAUCAGUUGUUGGGUCAGCUGGCGCAGGUUCAGGAUUUGGUGACAUAAAAUGCUGCCAGCCUGGCAAAUGCUUACAGUAGAGCUUUGGUAAAGGCGAACAAGAGUUCACGCUAUGAAAAUGGUUUAUUAUUGCUCCUUUUUUCGCUUUGUAACAUUUGUAUAACUUGAGGUGGGAAAUAAUUAGUUCAGUUAAUGCAAAUGGAGAUAAAAAUGCACUUAAUUCCAAUUUCUCUCAAAUGUGGCAGUUUUGGCUAUUUUUAUUAUUUAUUUAGCUUCAUGGCUGAUGAUUAACUCAGAAGCACAAAAAAUAGUUCUAAAAAUCUUACAUUUAAAAAUCUCAAUUUUAUGCCAUAAAAAUUUCAAAUAUAAUUUUUAGAUCUUUAUUUCUUAUGUUGUUUCUAUUAUUGUCAAAGUCAUAUUUGAAGGAAUUUAUUGCUCUUAGCUUUCUCUAUAGACCAUAUUGUGAUCCUAAAGUUGUUUCAUUGCAGUUUUUGUAGUGAAUCAAGGAUUAAAAUAUUCUUUUUACCUCAUCUCCUUCAUAAUUUAGGUUGAAAAAUUUUACUUAGCUGGAUCAGAGCAGUUAAAUACUAGUAAUUUAGCCAUACUGGAAGGUUUUGGAGUUGACUAGGUCAUUUUAAAGUAUUUUUUUGUUUGUUUGUUUUUUACUGGUGAUCUGUUCUUAAAUUUCUACACAUUGGGGCAUAAUAUUUUUGCUUUUUGAGAUAUUUUUGCCUAUUUCAUGCUGUCAAACAAGUUUAAGUGACAAGUUGAUCCUUGAGGCACAACUCUGUCAUUGUUAUAUCUAUUGAAAAAAAAAUAAUCAUGAUUAAUUUACAUAGGGUUAAUGCCUCUUUUGGGCCAGGUUGAUUUGUUCUUCAAUAAAUAAAUAUUUUUUCUUCAAUAAAUUGUUCUCAUUUGAACAUUUUAGUCUAAUAUUAUAAUUUGAUCAUUUGUUUUUGGCAGCAAAACAAAAUAAAGCUUUGAGAUUUGAAUGAGUGUGUUUGGUUUCAUUUUUCAAUUCCUGCUUUAAAUAAUAAUCACCAUAAGCAGUCUUGUAAUUCAUUUCGGGACCUUACUAACGCUGUUACUAAAAUGCUUUAAAAAAAAAAUCUGCUCAUUUCACAUGGGAUUCAAGCUCAGGCUGGUUGUGUUUCAUUGGUUAUGUCGUCCUUGAACUCUUGGCAACAGUCAACGACGUGUUUUUUUUUUUUCUUCUUCUUCUUCUAUAAAUACCCUGUAAUUUAGGAUUUGACGUCACCACUGUUUACCGAUUCACUUUGGCUUGACAGAAUCCACCUGUCUUUACUCUAAUCCAGGUUUUCAUCUCCUCCACAUUCACAGUUUUGCCUAGCAGGAAUGAUGCUUGUGUAGGAUAGAUGCCGACCCAACAAGAGGCUCCUGGAAUUAACGGGAGAAUGAUGCUGAGCUUCUUUUUUGCUUUGUCUUUAACUAGAUUUUUCUCAUUGGCUUUUAAUAGGUUAAUUGCUUAGAGUUGCUUGCUGCUUUGGUUUUGUUUUUCAUCAUUAUGAAUCCACUAAAGCUGAUAAAUAUGGAUGAAAGUAUGAAAGGUUUGAGGUUUUUAAGAGCCUUAAGGUUGAUACAGUUCUCAGAAAUUUUACAGUUUUUGAAUAUUCUAAAGACAAGCAACUCCAUUAAGUUGGUGAACUUAUGUUCAAUCUUCAUAAGCACAUGGCUAACUGCAGCUGGCUUCAUUCAUUUGGUGGAAAACUCAGGGGAUCCUUGGGAAAACUUCCAAAAUUCCCAAACACUUUCCUACUGGGAAUGUGUCUACCUACUCAUGGUUACGAUGUCGACUGUUGGCUAUGGAGACGUUUAUGCAAAAACCACCCUUGGCCGCUUGUUUAUGGUCUUCUUUAUCCUUGGUGGUUUGGCCAUGUUUGCAAGCUACGUCCCUGAAAUCAUAGAGUUAAUAGGAAACCGCAAGAAAUAUGGUGGUUCCUAUAGUGCUGUUAAUGGGAGAAAGCACAUCGUGGUCUGUGGUCACAUAACGCUCGAGAGUGUCUCCAACUUCCUCAAAGACUUCCUACACAAGGACAGGGAUGAUGUCAAUGUAGAAAUUGUUUUUCUCCAUAAUAUUUCCCCUAAUCUUGAGCUGGAAGCCUUGUUCAAGCGUCAUUUUACCCAAGUCGAAUUUUACCAGGGCUCUGUCCUGAACCCUCACGACUUAGCCAGAGUGAAGAUUGAAUCAGCUGAUGCCUGCCUGAUCUUGGCGAAUAAAUACUGUGCUGACCCAGAUGCCGAAGAUGCAUCCAACAUCAUGAGGGUAAUAUCUAUCAAAAACUACCAUCCAAAGAUCAGAAUAAUAACGCAGAUGCUGCAGUACCACAAUAAGGCUCACCUUCUGAACAUCCCAAGCUGGAACUGGAAAGAAGGGGAUGAUGCCAUUUGCCUUGCUGAGCUGAAACUUGGGUUCAUUGCCCAGAGCUGCCUAGCUCAAGGGCUCUCCACCAUGCUGGCCAACCUUUUCUCCAUGAGGUCUUUUAUCAAGAUUGAGGAGGACACAUGGCAGAAGUAUUACCUUGAAGGAGUAGCCAACGAGAUGUACACAGAGUACCUGUCAAGUGCCUUUGUUGGGUUGUCCUUCCCGGUCAUUUGCGAGCUCUGCUACGUGAAGUUGAAGUUACUCUUGAUAGCUAUAGAGUACAAGUCUGAUCAAAGGGAAAGCAGCACUUUGAUCAACCCUGGAAACCAUGUGAAAAUGGAGGAGGGAACCCUGGGCUUCUUCAUUGCAAGUGAUGCCAAAGAAGUAAAAAGGGCGCUGUUUUACUGCAAGGCCUGUCACGAUGAUAUAACGGAUCCCAAAAGAAUAAAAAAAUGUGGAUGCAAGAAAUCCAAGACACCCGCCUACAAGAGAAUGAGACUGGCAUGUUGCUUUGAUCGCAGGCGCUCAAAAUGGGAGCGCUCUUGCAUGCCAGUUAUAGUGCGUUGUAACUUGGACUCCCCUCAUUGGGACAUCCCACUCUCUGCUCUCUCUGUUAAUGAUUGCUCGGCCACUUUACGUGCCUCUAAAAAUAGCUAUAAUGGAUAUAUCAAAUCAAUUGAAGAGGACCAACCGACAGCUCUGUCACCCAAAAAGAAGCAGCGCAAUGGAGGCAUGAGAAAUUCACCAAACUCCUCGCCCAAGAUAACAAGACACGACCCACUCCUCAUCCCAGGCAGUGAGCAGAUUGAGACCAUGGAUGAGAACAUAAAGAAAUACGACUCCACGGGGAUGUUUCACUGGUGCCCGUCCAAAGAUAUUGAGAAGGUCACCCUGACCCGCAGCGAAGCAGCUAUGACUGUUCUGAGUGGACAUGUGGUGGUGUGCAUCUUUGGAGAUGUGAAAUCAGCGCUGAUUGGUCUGCGAAACUUUGUCAUGCCGCUGAGAGCGAGCAACUUCCACUACCACGAGUUGAAACACAUUGUGUUUGUCGGUUCCCUUGAAUACCUGAAGCGCGAGUGGGAAACUCUACAUAACUUCCCCAAAGUAUCCAUUCUGCCUGGCACACCGUUGAGCCGGGCUGAUCUGAGGGCUGUCAACAUAAACCUGUGUGACAUGUGUGUCAUCCUGUCAGCCAAUCAGAACAAUAUUGAUGAUGCAUCCCUGCAGGACAAAGAGUGCAUCCUGGCGUCACUUAACAUCAAAUCCAUGCUGUUUGACGACAGCAUCGGGGUCUUGCAGGCCAAUUCUCAAGGCUUCACGCCACCAGGGAUGGACCGAUCCUCUCCUGAGAACAGCCCAGUCCAUGGAUUAGUGCGGCAGACCUCUGUUACUACUGGAGCAAAUAUUCCCAUCAUAACAGAGCUUGCACCGUUAGCAAAACAAGGCAAAAAAGUGCCUGUGAUUUCAUUCAGUCAGGAUAAAAGCAGUGGGACCAGCAUACAAAUGAUAACUGAGCUGGUUAAUGACUCGAAUGUUCAGUUUCUGGACCAAGAUGAUGACGACGAUCCAGACACAGAAUUAUACCUCACUCAGCCUUUUGCCUGUGGGACAGCAUUUGCAGUCAGUGUACUGGACUCCUUAAUGAGCGCGACAUACUUCAAUGAUAAUAUCCUCACCUUGAUCCGGACAUUGGUAACGGGUGGCGCCACACCGGAGCUUGAGGGGCUGCUGGCCGAGGAGAAUGCAUUACGUGGUGGCUAUAGCACACCGCAGACCCUGGCAAACAGGGACAGGUGUCGCGUGGCACAGCUGGCCUUGUACGACGGGCCCUUUGCUGACCUCGGGGACGGUGGGUGCUACGGGGACCUAUUCUGUAAAGCCUUGAAAACAUACAACAUGUUGUGUUUUGGCAUCUAUCGCUUAAGGGAUGCACAUCUAAACACACAAAGCCAGUGUACCAAACGGUACGUCAUCACCAAUCCUCCAUAUGCAUUUGAACUCGUGCCCUCCGACCUCAUAUUCUGCCUGAUGCAGUUUGACCACAACGCCGGUCAGUCACGGACCAGCCUUUCCCACUCUUCUCACUCCUCGCACUCUUCGAGCAAAAAGAGCUCUUCCGUCCACUCUAUCCAAACUACCAACCGCGCCAACCGAGUCAAAAGCAGGGACUCACGAGACAAACAAAAUGCAACAAGGAUCAAUAGAGUUGGCCAAGAAAAGACAUGGUUUACAGAUGAACCAGAGAAUACCAACCUGAGGACCAUACAGAUCAAUCCUGUGAAUACUCUCGCCAUCAAACCCGUCGGUCACAAUAAAUCCACCAGUAGCUUGAUCCCACCCAUCAGAGAAGCCGAGGACGAGUGCUGAGCUCCGGACCUCGCCCGGACACCUGGACAACUGGACCUCCAACAGGACAUAUUGAGUGGGUGUCAGUGUGGACCUUGGAUCAUUUAUCAGCAAGACAAACUGCUUUUCUUCCUUCAUCUUUGCAGCAAUGUAACAUCUGAGCUGAUGUAGAAACAUAAAGACAACCCUGACCACCACUCCACUUUCAGUUUGCACAGCAGUGACCAGACUCCAUGACUGUUUUUUUUGCUUUUUCACUUUAUUUUGGGGAAUGAGGGUCACUUGAGCAAGAGCAUAACCAUAGGCGAUUCGAAGCCCUGCUGGAUAAAAGACUCUAGUUGUAAAAGUUGCCUUUUAAGCUGUACAUGAACAACUACUGCUACUGCAUUUGAGUCUGGUUAAAGUAUUGUGUGCAAUUUGUUAGAAUGUGUAUUUUACAACCAGCUGCACCCCCACCCCCAUCCACCACCACCGUGGCAUUGUUGAGGUCUGAUGCUGCGCUCCAUUUAUCACAGGAGUCGGAAAUCCAGUAAGAGAUGUAAAUUAGCCCUGACCUAAAGAGGGUAAAUUUAUGAAAUGGUGGGCAGAUAUAAUCAGUUCAAAGGUCAGGGGGACAUGUUUGCAAUUUAUCAAUUCGCCUACAGGUGGCAACAAUGCACCUGAGCUGCAGCUACAUUCCUGCAAAACCCAUUAAUAGAAUAAAUACUGAAUAGUUUAAUAUACAGUCAUACAAACUCUUAAACAUUCUCAAAAUGAGCCAAGGAAUAAUAUGAUAAGCUAAAGAAAGCACUAACAAUGGGUGGCUAGUUGUUUUUAUUUUAUUUUUUUAUGAGAAUAGCAUUGAAUGAUAAUUUGUGAAAUGACACCGUUCUGAUCCCUUUUAACCUCUACAAACUAUGGCGUUAGCGCAAGGAUGUAAAUGAGCAAAUAUUACGUCCUGCAAGAGAAGAACUAAAGUGUCCCCAAAAUGACUGGUGAUAAAUCAAAAGUUGGCUCAAUAAAGCAAUAGUACAGGGUGUGCACAUGUAUGUACACAACAAGGUAUUUUUUAUGUUCCCUCACAUUUGUGUGUUUUUGUAUUCAAUACAGUAAUACAAAAUAUACAGGUCACAUUAAAUGUGGUUCAAACUGUUAUUCUGUAAGAGCCGACAGGCACAAAAGAGUAUCAUAAUUAUAAUCAAGAAUAUAUGGUGUAAAUACAAAGGCUUCUGAAAAUAUAUGCUUAAAUUAAAAGCAAGAUUUCAACAUUUAUAUUGCUAAUUAUCUCCAAUAUGUAUCAAAAGUACUUACCAACAGAGAAAAAUAUACUUGCAAUGUUUUAUUACUUGGUUAUGUACUCCACCUACAUUAUUCAUAAAGUAAGUAAAAAGAGAGAAUAAACUUGGGUACGUUUAUGAUUUAUUCCAGCAGAUAAUCAGUGGGGCUUGCUAACUAUGGGCUUCAUAAACCUGAUAAAGCUAGGAAACAACAAUGAAUUUGCUCUCUAUUUCAUGCAUUAAACACUGCAAUAUAUUCUGUAGGAUUUUACCAUUCUAGGGGUGACUGACCAAGAGUCAAAACUGAAAAAUAAAUGUUUUUCACUAAAGCUUUCUCAAUGUUUAGCAAGCAUGGCAGCCAUGUUUGUGGUGGUUGGUGUUAAUAAAAAAACCACAACUUUUCUCCUGGAUAUUCCAAAAUCAGUUUUUUAACUCAGCAUCCAAGGAUUCCAAGUGCAAGUGGCGCGCAGCAUGACUCUCAAUGGUUUCUUUGCCAUUUGGAGCUAAUUCACAACAUUUGUGAUGGUUAACAUCGGCCAGUGUCCAUACUGAAAUGGCAUAUGGCUCUAGCCUUAUCUCUAUACACAUGUACUUGUCUUAUCUUUGCCUUUUCAAGUCUGUAAAUGUUUUAAAUGCUUUUUUAUGCAAACCAAACCUCCCAAAAUAUCUCUGAAACAAAAUGUUACUUUUUUAUGAUAGAGCUGUUUCUUUCCCUGAGAGCUAUUCAUUAGCACACAAUACCAUCGACAGUUUCUAUAACAGUGCACGGCACAAUAUUCCAAGUAUGCAGAUGUAUUGAUUUUUUUUUUUAAAGCCACAUAUCGCAUGAAGUGGGCAUCUUUAAGUCCUCCUUUGGCUGUAAGCACUGCCUGACACAGGAUUGUCUUGGAGGCAGUGAGGAAACUUGAAUGUACUCCAUGACCAAUCUUAAUGCCAUGAUCUCUUCAUUGCAUGGAUGCUCGUCAAACAGCUCUAUCAUAAAAACGGGUUUGAGUCCAGAAGCAAGAAUUCUGAUAAAUCAAUGAUAAUCAACAAUAUCAGCAAAUAUGGUUGUUUUACUCUCAGAAAUCAUGUCUUAUUUAAAUAAUGGAACACAGCUAUACUGGCACUGUUGUCACUUUACUUUAGUAUCCAUGAAGAUAAGACAUAAUAACAUUAGUCCAGGACAUUCUGACUCCUCAGAUGAUUCUUUAUGGCCUGGCUUAGGAUUUGUGUUGGAUGUUGAAGGACAAAACACAAGGUUUGUGACAUUUUUACUGGCACAGAGAACAUCUGCGCUGUCCGUCCCUCAGUGCCAGUAAUGUGCCAGGCAGUGCUGAAGCCAACGGAGGACUCCACAAAGACCCACUGCUGCGAAAAGAGGCUUCUAGUUCUACUUUCUCACUGACAGUAAUUCAACUCUCAAACGUCUUAAAAACAGCUUCCACCACCAUCGCAAAACAAUGUAUUUCAUGUAAAUCUGUAAAACUUAAUGUAAAGUAUUUCUUUGUAGCGUGUUCCUGUUUGACGGUAUCUGUGGUGUUGAGGCGCAUUCAGCAUUGCUUGUAUUUAUUUUAUGCACUUUUCAGCACAUUCACUCAUCAAACGAUAAUCCUGAUUUAAUAUCUACGUCACUAUACGCAGAAAUAACAUUAUUGUCUUGUAUAAAUUUGAUUGUACAUAAAUUGUACAUGAUUUCAUUUUGUAUUUUCACAAAUUAAAAGCAGAUGUAUGGUGUUUUAUCGAA